AAUAGAACAACAGUUAGUUUUUCUGAGGACACAAAAAAAGACUAUGAAGGAAAGGUCAGGGUGUGGUUAUACAGAAAGAGACAGAUGAUCUAAUCAAAAUACCCAGCCUCCUAUUUUCCCUUUCUUAGUCUCCUUUCACACAGUUUUUCUGGUAUCCAGCUGUGUGUGUGCAAUCUCUGUGAUACAUAAAUAGCUGCUUGUAGCUUUCCUCUUUUAAAACCAAGUGUUCGAAGUACUGCAUCUCCAGGAUAUUUCCAGGAUUGCUCAACAGAAGGACAAGCACGACUUGUUCCAGUACACUGGUGAUGGACACUAAGGCUGUGUUUGCAGCCCUGUAUGAGGUAUGUGAGGAGAACGCUACUUUCUUCGCUGGCACACAAGCGGGAGAUGCUCCACAGAGGCUGGUUGACGCUACAUUGACCAUUCAGAAACACGCUCACAGCCUCGAGCCAGUUAUCUGUGGCUUUGCUGCCAUCUACCAUCACUUUGACUUUGACCCUCACAUUCCUGCUAAUGGAUACCGCUCAAUAGUGAAGGUGGUGCGUUGCUGUCUUCUUCACAUCAUCCACAAGUCACGCCACAUUGCAUCUCACAGACGGAGCAUCUUCUUCCGUGCAGCCCAUUAUGCUGCAGAGAUGGAAGCUUACAGCUGUGCUCUGUGCCAGCUGAGGGCUCUGCUCUACCUCGCCCAGAGGCUGCUCCAUGACAACAGUCACGGCAACCUCUUCUACCAAGAUGAGAAUGGUCUCAGCCAGCUCUUUCUUCGAGAGUAUGCCUCCAUGCACAAGGGCUGCUUUUAUGGCCGCUGUGUUGGCUUCCAGUUCACUCCAGCCAUCCGUCCACACUUGCAGAGUAUUACCAUAGGCUUGGUCGCGUUCGGAGAUAACUACAAGAGGUAUCAUUCCGGCAUAGUGGAAACAGGAGCUAGUACAUCAUAUGGUGUUGCUGCUAGUUCCUUAUUCACCUCUGGAAAGUAUGCCAUUGAUCCUGAGCUGAGGGGCCUGGAGUAUGAGCGAAUCACUCAGAACUUGGACGUUCAUUUCUGGAAGACAUUCUGGAAUAUCACUGAAAGCGAAGUUUUGGCAGGCUUGGCAAGUAUGACCUCCACUCAGGUAAAGGUGAAUCGCACUCUCUCUGUGCCACCUGACUGCUUUGACCUGCCCUUGGUGGACGAUUCCACACACAUGGUUACAAUCUCUUCUCCGGUCGCCCAUAUCGGCCCUGGCCCAAUUCAGAUGAGACUCAUCUCCAGUGAGCUGAGGGAGGGACAGGACAGUGAAAAGCUGUUAGCAAUAUACCGUUCCGAUAGUGGCUCAAUCUCUCGGUCCCUCAGUCUAAAGAUUAAGAAGAGCCCUCCAUCACCUUGGCUGGUGGUACAUUACCAUGGAGGAGGCUUUGUAGCACAGACUUCUAAAUCACACGAGCCAUACCUGAAAAGUUGGUCUCAGGAACUGAAUGCUCCAAUCCUGUCAGUAGAUUAUUCUCUUGCCCCUGAAGCCCCUUUUCCACGUGCACUGGAGGAGUGUUUCUUUGCCUACUGCUGGGCUAUCAAGAACCACAAACUUCUGGGUUGGACAGGAGAGCGAGUGUGUUUGGCUGGUGAUAGUGCAGGGGGUAACCUGUGCAUCACUGUGUCAAUGAUGGCUGUGGCACAUCGAGUACGCUUGCCGGAUGGCAUUGUGGCUGCAUACCCUGCUCUCAUGCUCACCACCUGUGCCUCGCCUUCCCGUCUGCUCAGCCUUAUGGAUCCUCUCCUUCCCCUUAGUGUACUGUCCCGUUGCCUCAGUGCUUAUGCAGGUUUGGCUCCUCAGGAGGAGAAACGGGUAGAGAAAGUCAACGCUUUGGGGACGGUAACGAAGGACACUGCCCUACUAUUUAAAGGCUUCAGAGAGGGAGCCUCAAACUGGAUCCACUCACUCCUGGACCACAACAAAGCAAGUGCAGAGACCAUGAGGAACAGUGUAUCAGAGGGGACUCUCAAUUCUACCCAGUCUGACCCUCUGGUUCCAGGAACAUCCUCCGAGUUCUCAGUGAAAAGAGAAUCUCUGAAAAGCCACACAUGUGAGGGUCUGGUCAGCCACACUACCAGCACAUUCACCAACAGCAGCCACAACAGCACCAGCUCUACUGCCAACCACAUUGCCAACCUCUCGCUUCACCAUCCUCCUAUCCUCAACACCACAGCAAUCCUUGAAAGCAAGUCAGAGGAUAUAAAUAUACUUUUCUCCAAAGAGGUAGACCCCUCCGUGUCAAGUUCAAUCUCGUCCAUGGCAGUACCUCCCCCUGACGGGGAAGGACACUCAGACAACCCACGGGGGUUUCCUGGAGACUUUGAGCCAUUGCGUUCAGAGCAGCUUGCCAAAAUGAAUGUUGAUUCCUCACCUGUCUUUAGAAAUCCCUACAUGUCACCUAUUCUGGCUCCAGACCAUAUGCUGAGGGGACUGCCUCCUAUUCAUAUAGUGGCCUGUGCUCUGGACCCCAUGUUAGACGACUCUGUAAUGUUCGCCAGACGACUACGGAGCAUUCAGCAGCCCGUGACUUUGUGUGUAGUGGACGACCUCCCUCAUGGCUUCCUUAGCCUGUCGCAGCUCUCUAAGGAAACCCACGAAGCCUCUAAUGUCUGCAUGGAGAGGAUCAGAGAUGUCUUCACUAUGAAAGACCUGCCUCCAGAGAUAAAGAAACACCGCAAGCUGGAAAGGACCGAUCAUUGUGCUUCAGGUGCCUCUACCAAGUUCUUUCAAGUAUCCACUAGUGAAGAUGGAAGAGAGGGUGUAGUUUGAAAGGUGAAAAGUGCUGACCAACAAAGCUGAUGCUUUCAAGUGAGAUUUGAAGAAGGAAUAUAGGACAAAAAUGAAAACAGGAAGGGUUUUGUAAACAAAAAGAAAUUCAGGCUGAAUACUAACUAAAAUACUAAAAUCACUGUGCAUUGAACCAGCAGAACAAGAAUGAGUAAAAUGUAAUGUCUCUCAAAAGUGGUUUUAUUUAUACUUGAUCAGUAUUUGGCAGUAAGUAAAUAGAAGUGAGGGGACACUGCCGCUUAAGUGUUACAAAUGACCGUGCAUGUGCACUUGCACUUUUCAAAUAUACACAACUUUUAACAAAAUAUUGCCACUUUGCCUCUGCACUGUAUUGCUUUGUUGAGAUUCUGAUUAUGAAUCAUACAAAUACCAGCAUGGAAACAAAUGCUUCCUGUCUUGUCGAGGCCUGAAGCUGAAUUUUCGUAAAUGUUGUUAUAAUACAGCUUUUUGAUGCACAUUGUUUCUGAACUUCAUGCUUAUGCCAUAGGCACGCUUUAAGGAGUCAAUCAAACCAAAUUUCUAUUCGUGGUAUAUAUUUCUAGCUGUCUGUGUUACGUUGUGUGUUUUUGUGAAAGUGCUAGUUCUGCUGAUGUCUUUAAACUGCGAACUGAGACAAUGAAAAUACUGACCAAUGUCUGAUGCACAUGGCUUUUCAGAGUAGACUUGUGUAUACAUGGCUCCGGGGUUAAGGUUUAGAAGUUCAACUCCCAAGCUUUCAGAGAACGACUAUUGACGCCUUAACCCUGAACUUCUCAGCUCCAGGCUUGCAUAGUAUCUUAGGUGUGAGUCAAUUUGUGUAAAAGUGCCUGCUAAAUGAAUAUAUCUAAAUGUAGAUUUUGUUUAUUACAUGUUAUUUUAAGUAUUUUUGUAGUUGUUAAUUAGACAUAGUUUAAUGUUAUUUCUGAGGCUGAACAAUCUUGGAUUAAGUCCUAAAAAAAAUCAAAUACAAGUUCAUCAGCAUGAGAUGAUUGUUGGCCUUCAAACACAGGAAGCUAUAACACGCAGAAUUAUAUUUCACCUAGCAUCAGCCAUCGUCCACGUGCACGCUUUAGCCCAUCCGUUGCUUGUAGAAUUAUAUCGGGAUAUAUGAGGAAAUAUUUUUGCACUUUCUGUUUCUCUGCCUGUUUUAAUAGUUUUUCUUGAUUUGGUUAUUGCUCGGUGGCUAUUGCUGCCUUUCUGCUUGUUGUUCGCUCUGCGCACUGACCCAUUUCUAGAACCCAGGAGGUAUUUUAGGGAACAUCCUUGAGCAACCUUGAACCAGUUAGACAAUUCAUUUAGCAGGAGCAUGACUCUGCUCUCUCUGCAGAUGUCAUGUGUGAAAUCAUUCGAAUCAACCAGACUUUCAGAGUUCACUCCUUUCGGUUACACAACAGAUUUAAAGCAAAUCCAACAGAUUUCAGGGAUGGAUAGAUCAUAAAUUCAUCAGUUGAAACAUAUGAACCAACUUGAAUAUUUAAACAUACAUGUCAAAUUUUUAAAAAAUGCUUUGUGAAAUUCAUUAGAGCAUUAUUCUUUCUUUGCUCAGUGGAGAGGUGAAAGAGGUCGGUAACCCCUUUCUAACUACGCAGUUGUGGCUUGUUCAUAGGAGCAAGUCAGGGCAGAGUCCUGUCCAUAUACGUUAUGUCAGCCAAAUGAAAAUCCUCAAUCGCAACUCCAUACAUUUUAAAUCCCAUUGAAAUACUCUUUUGACUGUAUUUUUUAUAAAAAAAAAAUAAAAAAUUCUAUUUGACAAGUAUAAGCUAAUAUUUCACAGAUUUGCUCGCUUUUAUAGAUGUUGUACAAUUGUGGGGCAGCACACUCACUGCUCUAGAGCCAUAGAGUUAUUAUUGCGCACAGAAACCAAAAAUGGGAAUUUCAACAAGCGCUAAAAGUGGUCCACUGGGGAACAACUCGCGCUGCCCCAUGCUCGGGGGGAGGAGCCGAGGACAGGUCAGUCAAUUGCAGGGAUGCCAGGGUCACAGUUUUUACACCAAUUUGGGAUAAAUACUCGGCGGCUGCCAAGAUCUUGUUUUAGAGCAGAUAUUCUAAAAAUUAAAUCGAGUUAAUUUCCUCAAACUGAAUGUAAGUGCAGACGGUGUGUCUACGAGGUCUGUGUGUACAGAACCAUUUCUACCAUAAGAUGUAUUACAAAGAUUCAGAGAAGGAAAAGAAGAUUAUGGAGUGGAUUAUAUCUGUACAUCAGAAAUGCGUGUGCUCCAUGGUGAUCACACUAAGGCUGAGAAAAAGAAGAAAAGUAUUAAAAAAUUGGCCUAUUUUCAGGUCUUUUUUGUGGUUUUUGAGAUGUAGUUAUGCUGGAAAUUUUGCUGAAACCUGGCAGCCUGGGCUGUCGAUGAUGAUGAUGUUAUUAUUAUUAUUAUUAUUAUUAUUAUUAUUAUUAUUAUCAUCGAACACAGUUGACAAAACAUACAAGCUUUUAGACUGUAUGCUGGAGGACUGUAUUUUGUCAACACUCCCCGAUUACUCUAAAAAUGCACUAGAUAGUAGCCUAUAGCAUAAGUCACCUCUUGAUUUAAUGUUGUUUGAGGCUGUCGUUAUUAAUAUUGUCCUGUUCCACCAAAUUCUAUGAUCAUGAGCCACCGCUGCAGCUAGUAAACCUACGUGUCCACCUACGAAGACUACGAAUAAAAAUGAAUAACCUGGACAUGCAGUCUGCUUUCCCCAGGCACACGGGCCAUUGAUUUGUAAAUCUUUCUGUCUUUGUAGACCUGAAAAGCUUGCUGAAGCAAGCUAGUAUUUCUACUACGUCUACUAUUAUGCCUAUUUCUAUUAGACAACACAUUGCUACCUCAUCGGCAUCCAUCUCUGUAGGCAAAUGAACAGCUACAAAAGUAUUACCAAGUGACAUUAGUACUGUAUUCAGUUACGAUUCCUCCGUCAUCUCACACUAUCGUUACUGUGGUGUUAUCUGAGACAGUGUUGGACCAUGAUAUCUGUGAUGGUCUGCUUCCGCUACAUGAGUUAGUAAAGUAUGGCUUAUACAGCACUCUAAUUAAAUAGACGCUUAUUUUCAAAGUGUUAAUUAUAGUUCCUGGUGAAUGUGUAGAUCUUCUUGGCUUGUGUGGCUUCUUGUUAAAAUAUUAUCCGGAAAAUGUUCUGUUCUGUUCUUUAAUUAACUGCAGCUUUUGUGUUUGCACAGUGAGUAGGUCAGUCAUUGAGAGUGAAUUGUCCGUGUCUUUCUGUGUUACUGUGUAUUUCUUCCAUUGUUAGGAAAACCAGCACUUUAUGGAUCAUGACAAGCUAUUCAAUAUACACUACGAGCUAUAAUAGACCAUUCAAGCACACAUACGCACAAAUACAUUUUUGUUUUAUGUUUUUUCUCUGUUAAAAACACCACAAGUGCAAAAAUGUAAAUGGAAAUUGAAUGUAUUUCUACUUUCCCUGCCUCACACAUUAGUUUAUAUUGGUUUGGUUUGGGAAUUGAUGAUUUUAUGCAGAAUUCUUUGAAUGAUAUAUAGGUUGGUAGGAGCACAUAGCAUAGAACAACUAUUAAAAAACAUUUUUAGGUUUAAAAAAAAAAAAGAGAGAUUUUAUUUAUAUACUUCCUUUAGAGUCAUAGGAAUAGCAAGUUUUAUUUAAGAUUUGUGCAUUGAUUUGUUAUUUAGUAGAUAUUUACAUGUUGGCUCUAACAAAAGAAAAAUCGGUUAUCAUAUAAAAGUUUUCUCAAAGCCCUUUCUUGCUUAUUAGUUCAAUUUGUGCAAUUUAUGUUUUUCACGUGUCAUAUAUCUGUGGGGAGCAAAAAAAAAUUAAACAAUCAAAUAACAGAUUUACAUUUGGUAGCAAAGCUACAAAAAAUGUACUACUGUUUGUAGUCUAAAUGUAAAUGUAAUCUAAAUGUAAAUCAAAAUCUAAUCCAAAGGUUAAAGUGCAGUUCAAAUGUUCUGCUGCUUUCUUCUCUGUUCUGCUGAGAUCAUAUGCAUUUUCUUAUUUUAUUUUUUUAAAUCAGUAUAUAUUUUCCAGAGCUUAUUGUUAUUGUAAAAAUGUAGUCAGAAACUAUUUUGUGGUUUUAUGUCCUGAUGCAUAUGUGGUAAAUGUUGUACAUGUGGUUUAUGCAAUAAAGAGUAAUAAAAAAUAUAUAUUGUCAAA